CCCUUUUCUUCCUUUUCCCCAUUAUUCUUCAUAUACUGCCGCAGAGACUGCCAAAUGUCGCAGGUUCUUCAAGCAGCUUGGUGCUCUCUUAUAUCUCUGUUUUUGGAUCAGGCUGAGGACGUAUGGGAAAUGAGAUGGGGAAUACUAACAGUACGUCUGAUGAGUUCCAAGGAGAAGAGGGUAACACAAAGGUGGAUCAACGAGAUCAAGGGAAACCUGUUCAGCAACCUAUAGUUUCGGUGAAUGAUCGGGGAUCAGAUGGCGCUCUUGAUCUUGUGAAUGGCGGAGAAGAGGGUAGCACAAAGCUGGUUCAACCAGCUCAAGGGAAGCCUGUUCAACAACCUGUAGUUUCGGUGAAUGAUCCGGGAUCAGAUGGUGCUCUUGAUCUUGUGAAUGGCGGUAAAGGAGAUCGUGAAGUGGAAGAGGAGAGCCAACAAGUUCGUGAUAAUAUACCAACUGCUGAAUCUCCGGAAACCAACCCGGAAUUUGAUGAUGGUGAAACAAGAAGAAGACCAGAGAGCAAUCUUCAACCAGGUAGUUUGAUCGAGGAAACGGAACAACUUAAGUCUGAUUUAGUUGAACAGCAGGAGCUACUCAAGCAAGAGGAAGCAGAGAAGUUGACAUUAACUUCCACUGCUGAAUCUCCAAACCCAGAGGCUGAUGAAACAAGAAGCAAAGACAGUGAACUUCAACUCCAUAGUUUGCCUGAGGAAUUGGAACAACAGAAUUUGGAUUUGGUUGCAGACCAGGAGUCGUUCAAGCAAGAGGCGACAGAGAUGCUGAUCUCCACUUCUACUGCUGAAUCUCUGGAAACCAGCCCGGGAUUUGAUGACACAAUAAGCAAAGAUAACAACCUUCAAUCAGAUGAUUUGGUAGAGGAAACAGAAGAACUCAGCCCUGAUUUGGCUGAAGAGGAGGCAGAGAUACCAAACCCUACUACUUCCACUGAUGUGUCUUCACAUGAGGAAGACCAUCUGGAUUCCUAUGAACUGAUU